AUGAAAGAACUCGGCAACCUCUCUUACUUCCUUGGUAUUUCUAUCACCACCACUGCUGCAGGCUAUGUUUUGUCUCAAACUAAAUAUGCUCAAGACAUUCUCCAAAAAGCCGGUCUCGCUGACUGUAAGCCAUGCUCCUCUCUCAUCUCUAUUAAGCCCACUCCUCCUCCAAAUGCUGCUCAGUCAUUUUCUGAUCCUGCUCUUUAUCGUAGUUUGGUUGGGGCUCUUCAGUAUCUCACCAUUACUCGACCCGACAUUUCCUUUGCUGUCAAUCAGUCUUGCCAACAUAUGCAUUCACCCACUGUUGGACAUUUUGCUGCUGUGAAAAGAUUGCUUCGGUUUGUCAAAGGCACUCUUACUCAUGGUUUAUCUUAUUCUCCUAGUUCUUUUGAUGUUCAUGCAUUCUCUGAUUCCAAUUGGGCUGGUGAUCUCCUUGACCGUAAAUCCACUUCCGGCUACUGCAUUUUUCUGGGUAGCAAUCUUGUCUCUUGGUCAGCUAAGAAGCAACCAACCGUGUCCCGCUCUUCGACUGAGGCCGAGUAUCGAUCUCUUGCUCAUACUGCUGCUGAGAUUAGAAUUUAA